UCUUUAGAGCAUCAAAAAGAGUUGAAUCCCGCGAAAACCGUUAGCCUCAUCUCAUUAUCUCUCUGAUAUAUAAAUCUAUUUAAAAACUUUUAUUAUUUGUUUUCACAUUAUUAUGACAUGGAGGACAUAGAACGUUUUAUAAAGAUCAUGCAACAAAAGAGACUCAUCAACCAACGCGAAUUGGAACAUCUUGAUGUACCAUCUGACGAACAUAAGAAAUUGAUGAAGGAAUUACAAGAUUUAAAAAGGGAAAGAGAAUUGUGCAAGGAAAAUAUUACAAAACAUCUUGGUAUAAUUACCGGACAUAAACACUCUAUACACAAGCUUGUACAAUCCUCAAAGGAUAUUUCAGGCUUGCCUGUUCCACAUGAUUAUGCACAAGACCUGACAAUAAUGUUUACUGAUGCGAUAGAAUUCUUGAAUAACAUAGGAGAUACUUAUAAAGCAUUUACUAAUGUUAAGGAAAAUAAUAUGGAUAUUUUGCAGCUUACUCACAAUGUGGGAACAUGUGUCAAAACUGUAGAAAAUGAACUAUAUCAAAUAAAACAUAAUAUUGCACAGUUAGAAACAUUGAAGGAGAAUAUAGCGGUACUUCAACAAUGCAUCAUAGACACUAGCGAUAAUGUAGAUGAUGAAAGUAUGACUUUAACUAACAGUGGUGAGUCAACAGACAGUGGAACAACUAUUAAGUAAUAUAUUAAUAUUUAUUGUUCGUUACUUAGAAUACACAAAAUAUCAAACAGAG